AUUAAUUAUCCUUCCAUUUUGUGUAAGACGCAUUCCCCAUGGUGACAAAACAGAAAAACCGAAGGAUAUGUGAAUCUCGCAGUGACGUAAAUACAACCAGACGAUAAGAACCAUCAUGGCCGCGGCCAUUGUUACAUGUUUGGCUGUGGCCAAUAUUUUCGUUACGUUCGCUUAUGGACGAUCAGCAAAUUAUGGGAAAAUUUCAAUCGCUGAUCUACCUCGACUAUUUGAUGAUGCAGCUUUAUUCGAUGAGGUUUACGAUCAGAGAAGUGUUAAUUCGGCACCGGAAAUGGUUCCACACUGGCCCGGAAGUGACGUCAAAGUUGGUCAAGUAGGUGGCGUUGCAGUUGACACCAACAACGAAGUUGUUAUAUUUCACAGAGGAAGCAGAAAAUGGGAAUACAAUUCGUUCGAUGAAAACAACAGAUUUAUCGAUCCUACUGGAGCGAUCAAGGAAAACACCUUGGUGAGGGUGGACCCAGCCACUGGGCACGGGAUAGAGAGUUUCGGAGCAGGGAGAUUCUACAUGCCGCAUGGGCUGACCAUAGACAAACAAGGAAACCUGUGGGUCACAGAUGUGGGAUUGCAUCAGGUCAUGAAAAUUCCAAAAGGUUCUCACGAGCCAACCCUUACAUUGGGUGUUCAUCUUACGCCAGGAAGUGACGACAAACAUUUCUGUAAGCCGACAGAUGUCGCUGUCGCUUCUAAUGGAGACUUUUUCGUCUCAGAUGGGUAUUGUAAUGGCAGAAUUAUGAAGUUUAAUAAAGAUGGAAAACUUCUACAUCAGUGGGGCAGAAUGUUCGAAGGACCAGUUGAGGCGGCAGGGAACGCUGAUUUCUUCAUCCCCCACAGUCUGACCCUCAUCGAGUCACGUGAUACGAUCUGUGUGGCGGACAGAGAACACGGAAGGAUCCAGUGUUUCUGUGCUGGUCUGAAGAACGCCAACGAAACGGGUCUGUUCGUGUCCAGUAUUAACAAGAGGGAGUUUGGCAAAGUGUUCGCCAUCUCUUACGAUCCAAACUUGGAUGUGAUUUACGCUGUAAACGGACAGACAUACUCGGUUUCCGAAGUGCUGGGAUUCACGGUAGAACUCUCGGGCAACAUCGUAGAGAAGUGGUCCCCAGAUGGAUUGGGAUUCGGGAUGCCCCAUGACGUGGCAGUGUCCCCCGAUGGCGCCAGUAUUUAUGUGGGGGAGAUCCGACCUGACAGAGUGACUAAAUUCAGAAGAGUCUGAGGGAUAAUAUCAGUCUAAAGGAGUCAAUGUCAAACUUAUGUGUUCUGUGUUGUUUUGUACAUCACUCAUCGAACUAGUCGGGAAUAGGGGUGGGGGUAGCUAAAAGCAAAUUGGGGUUAAAAUUUAGUCUGAUAAUUACAGGCGCACGUACCAUGUUGAUGUCACACAUAUAGCACAUAAUAUAUAUUUUAAUAAGAUAUUUGGGAAAAAUAAUUAACGACUGUAUACUAGUAAAAAACGUAUGUCUUAUCAUCUUGGGAUAAAACUGUGAUAUACAUGUAUAUGACUACAUUCUAUUAUAAUGUUAUCACUGUUAUAAAGAAUGUUUCACAGUAAGUUAUGGGAAGUUACAUGAAGCCAUGGUCUUCUGAAAUUAUCUAUAUUUUUUCCUCGUGUUUUAAAGAACGAUUUUCAAUAAAUGCAUUGUUUUGUUGUGUA